ACUGGGCUAAAUUGGUAGGAAUGAACACACGAAACAAAAGCUCCAUCUAAAUGCUUUUUGUACCUUUUGGCGGGGGUUUCAAAUCCAUACCUUCAACCUAAUCCACAAAAUGAUGAAGAAGGCGGGAAAAUUCACAGUUACUCAGUGUUUGUUUUGCUCUGAGAGGAGGAGAAGAAUCCGAGGAAGAAAACUCUGUUAAAUUUCAUCCCAUGGAAAAGUACUUAGUCACUGUAAAAAACCCAUCUGCGCAAAAUCCAAAAUCCAUAAGCAGGCGUCGUUGGAAGAGAAGUCUAAUUGAAAUUACCGGAAAAUUUGAACCAGAUUAUCGUCAUGACAUUACUUGUCUUUUAACGCAGUCCUAUUCUGAGAUUGGAAUCUAUCCUCAUACGUAUCACAUUGACGGGGAACCAUGCCGCACCCAUGUUGAUUGGUUUUCAAAUGCUGGAUUGAAUAAUAACCCAAGUGUAAACAGCAGGCUGGGUGUUACAUCACUUGAAUUUGACUCCAAGGGAGUAUACCUGGCAUCGGUAACAAAAUCAGGUUGCUUAACUGUGCAUGACUUUGAUUAUCUUUAUCACCCAGAUUUGGAAGAAGAUGAAGUAAAGCAAUUGUUGCACAUUCCUACACGUCAGCAGCUUGACGUCAUCCGGUGGAACCGUGCUAACCAAGAUGAGGCCGUUAAUGAAUGGCCAUCAAACUGGGCUAAAUUGGUAGGAAUGAACACACGAAACAAAAGCUCCAUCUAA